UUUGGGUGGACUUCCCACUGACACGCAUCAGCCGGUCAUUAGAUCUGUUCUUCAUCCAGACUCCUCGUCGAACCGGGUUCACAUAGUGUAUUGUUUGGUUGUCGGUUUAUGAUUUUCCAUUUAUUGAGUAGGUUAUCAGCGAAGGUGCCGAGCGUUGUGUACAGGGCCGCAUUGAUCAUGAAGCCGCAGGUUGUGUUCGUGUUAGGAGGGCCUGGGGCGGGGAAAGGGACCCAGUGUACCAGAAUCGUUGAGAACUACAGUUACACCCACCUGUCUGCCGGAGACCUGCUGAGGGCCGAGCGAAGCCGAGAGGCUUCAGAGUUCGGACAGCUCAUUGACAGUUACAUCAAGGAUGGCAAGAUCGUCCCUGUCGAGAUCACCAUUAACUUACUCAGGAAGGCCAUGGAGGAAACCAUGGAGAUGGACGAGAAGAAGUUCCGCUUCCUCAUUGACGGCUUCCCCCGAAAUGAAGACAACCUCCAGGGGUGGACCACUGUCAUGGAAGGGAAGGCUAACGUCAAAUUUGUGCUUUUCUUCGACUGUACUAGUGAGGUCUGUAUCGACCGAUGUCUAGAAAGAGGGAAGAGCAGCGGGCGCACGGACGACAACAGAGCGAGUCUGGAGAAAAGGAUCCAGACCUACCUGCAGUCGACACGGCCCAUCAUUUCACUGUAUGAGAAACAGGGCAAGGUGCGCACCGUGGAUGCCUCGUACGGUGUGGACGAGGUUUUUAACAACGUCAAAGCCAUCCUGGACAAAGAGGGUUGAAAUCCCAACCAACUGCCAACGACUGUAACAUUCACAGUUACGUUUAGUUUGUCUUUGUAUCAACUGCAGCAACACUAUACUCAGUUUACAUGUCGGUUCAUAUUACUUUUUACAUUUAAAAAAAAAACAAAACCUUUUUUGUCAGUGCCGAGCUGCUCGUCCAAGGGUGUGAGUGAAUGUGUGUGUAAGAGUGAAUAAGAUGGGUAGGAAGAUGCUGUAUUGACCAACCUCACUGGGUUUCACUACGGUAGUUGUACACCAACUGACAGGCCUGUCAUUGUAGUCGUGGGGCUUUGUAUAGGGACAAGACUAAUAGAAUUGCUCUUAGCUUGGUGAGGCACUUAUUUUUGUUGUCAAGCAGAGGCAUAUACAGUACUGUAUGUUAUUUUAAGGUAAUUAUUUUUGGUGAUAAAAUCUGCGUACACACCAUUGUUAGCCGUUCCCUAAGCGAAAACGUGCAUUUUCACAGACCAACCACUUCUAUGGACUAAAUCAGAGCUCUCCAACCCUGUUCCUGAAGAGCUACCAUCCUGUCCAUUUUCGCUCCAACCCCAGUUAUAAUUAACCUGAUUCAGUUUAUCAACCAGCUAAUUAGAUCAGGGUUGCACCCAGGGGGGACCCUGGACCGAGUUUGGGAAACCUUGUGUUAGAUUAGGGAUGGACUGAACCUACAGGACGGUAGAGCUCGAGGAACGGGGUUGGUGAGCCCUGGAUUACAUGGGGAAUGAUGAUGAAGAAAAGGGUAGCCAGAGAGGGAGAAAAGAGAUGUCGUCUCAUGUGAAUCAAUUUGGUUGUACUCAGAGAUGAACAUGGUCUUAAGACUUCCCCUGUGUACUAAUAAAAUAUAUAAAGCACCGGUCUCAUGUUGGAAGAAAUAUGAAUAGCGGUCCCAUAGGACCACAGGGAAUCGAGACACAGUAGCCGUGAUUGCAGUAUUGCAAAUUUGUGGAUUAAACUGGCAUGGCAACGAUAGUUGUUACUGCACAUACGGUGUGGGACCAAUUUUGAACUUAAACUUGUUAAAUCAAGUUUAAACUUGGGACUAUCCGCAAGUUUGUGUCACUGCACAUGAAAGAGUAUUUGGUGUUCUCCCGAAUGCUGAAAUACUGACAGGUCUUUGUAGUGUGACUGAAAAUGUAAAGUCCAAUGCUUACCGUGUUCUCCAACAAGGACUUGCCUGUGUUAUGUAUGAGUCAUUACAAAAGUGCACAAAGAUCAGCUCCCGACGGUUAAGUUUCUGUUGUGUGUUAUUUGUUAAAUCUUUGAUUAUGCGACAAAGGAUGAAGGACCAGUUUUGUCGAAUCAGAGUAUAUUGCCAUGUAAAGUGGGAGAAACCGUCAAAUACAAACAAACCAAAUAUACCCCCCUC